GAACUCGCGGUUCCACGGCGGCCGGUUGUGUAGAAUCGCCCGGUUUCGACGAUUCGAACUUACGUGAAAACAACUUUUGAAUUCAGACAUCUUCGAACUGGCAUCCCAAUGUGACUCUAAAUAGUUAGUGGUUUCGUUGUAUUUUUUGUUGGAUCUGCUUGCAUCUGGAGUUACCGACACCAGCAUCAACUGGGCCAUGAAAACAUAUUUCUUAUUCCCGCGGACGAGUCAAUAUUCCUAAGCAACGCCAAAAGUCGCCGCGAUGUACGCGAAAACGAAAAGAUAAGAAGUACAAGAAGACAAAGAGCUCGGGGAAAAUGUUUUCGUUGAGCGAGGGUUGCGGGUGUGUGAGCUUCCGUGGUGGGCGACGCGCCAGGAGCAUUGGUGAUGACUCCUCCUCGUGUCGCAGCUCAGAGAUCGAGCAGGAGGUGCCCAAGAAACUCGGCAAGAAGGUGCUCAACGGAGAGUGCACUAUGAAAGCGUUCGCGCCUUUUUUGCGCUUCUGGCGCCGCGAUGACGUCAGCAUGACUAAGGCUGAAAGAACAAUGAAGGCGGCCAUCCUCAUCCAGCAGUGGUACCGGCGCUACCUGGCGCGCAUGGAGGUGCGGCGCCGCUACACCUGGACCAUCUUCCAGAGCAUCGAGUACGCCGGGGAGCAGGACCAGGUCAAGUUGUACAACUUCUUCAACGCGCUGCUGAGCCACAUGCGCGACACGAGCGGCCGCACCUCCUCCGAGCGCACCUCGCGCACUGCCUCUGUCUUGGAGCAAGUAUUCUCCGAAGAGUCGGACGAGGGCGGGGGCGUGGACGAGACGGCGCCCCCCAAGCCCAUGCGGGGGCCGGACAUUGAGUUCCCGCUCCAGAGGAAGGACAUCGACCUACUCAUAGAGGCAUUCCGGAAGAAAAAGCACCGCCUGCACGCGCGGCACGUGGCGCAGAUCCUGAAGGAGGCGACGGCGGCGCUGAAGCGGCUGCCCAACAUCCACGCCGCCACCACCUCCAUCUCCAGCCAGAUCACUAUCUGCGGGGACCUGCACGGGAAGCUCGACGAUCUGCUCGUUAUAUUCCAUAAGAACGGUCUCCCGUCUCCGGAGAACCCGUACAUCUUCAACGGAGACUUCGUGGACCGCGGCAAGAAGGGGCUGGAGGUACUGCUGCUGCUGCUAGCCUGCAUGCUGGCCUUCCCCGGCGGCGUCUAUCUGAACCGGGGCAACCACGAGGACCUUAUUAUGAACUCUAGGUACGGAUUCAUUAAAGAAGUACAUCAGAAAUACAAGCACAACGCAGAGCGUCUCCUCAAGCUGAUCGAGGGCGUCUACCGCUGGCUGCCGCUCGGCGCCGUCAUCAACAACCGCGUGCUCGUGGUGCACGGCGGCAUCUCCGACUGCACCGACCUCGACGUCAUACGCAGCCUCGACCGGGAGAAGUACAUAUCGCUGCUGCGUCCGCCGGUGUCGGACAGCCAGGCGCCGGGCGCGGAGGUCAUCGACAAGGCGGAGUGGAAGCAGGUGUUCGACAUCCUGUGGUCGGACCCGCAGUGCGGCGGCGGCUGCGUGGCGAACGCGCUCCGCGGCGCCGGCACCUACUUCGGGCCCGACGUCUCCAGCGCCUUCCUGCAGCGGAACAAGCUCAGCCUGCUGGUCCGCAGCCACGAGUGCAAGCCGGGCGGGUACGAGAUACUGCACAAUGGGAAUGUGAUAACGAUAUUUUCGGCCAGCAACUACUACGAGUUGGGCUCCAACAAAGGUGCAUACCUGAAGCUGUGCGGGAACUCCUUGGAGCGUCAGUUCGUGCAGUACACAGCGGCGGUGUCGCGCACGAGGCGGCUCACCUUCCGCCAGCGAGUGGGGCUGGUUGAGUCUUCAGCCAUGAGAGAGCUGCACAGCCAGAUACAGAUGGCGCGGCGGCCGUUGGAGGCUACGUUUAGGAACCUGGACUCGGAGCAGAGUGGUUACGUGUCAAUCAGCGACUGGUGCCACGUGAUGGAGCAGGUGACUCACCUGGGGCUCCCCUGGCGGAUGCUCAAGGACAAGCUGGUCCGGACCGACCCGGACACACGCCGGGUGCGCUACAUGGACACGUUCGACUUUAAUGUUUCUAAAAACGGCAGGAAAGCCGACACGCAAACCGUCGUCGAAACUCUGUACAAAAACAAAAGCAGUUUGGAAGCGAUAUUCAAGAUAUUGGACAAAGACAAUUCGGGCUUCAUCACACUGGAGGAGUUUUCAGAAGCGUGCCAGAUCCUGGGCAAGUACAUGCCGAACCAGAUGACUCAGGAACAACUCGUGGACAUCUGCCGGCUCAUGGACAUCAACAAGGACGGGUUCGUUGACCUCAACGAGUUCCUAGAGAGCUUCCGAUUGGCCGAGAAGAGUCUCACCGAUGACGACGGAGACCUGAUAGAGCUGGAGGCCACCUGACACGAGCCCAGCCGCCGGCCCAGCCGGACGGCGGCUGACAAGGAUGAGAUCGGAGUGACAGUUGAAAUACUCAAGCUGGAUGACGACAAAAAGACAGCGAAUAAUGUAAUGGGAGAAACGGUGAGGCCGAGGAAAGAGGAGGACGAUAUUGAGCUCAUCGACUGUGAGAGGAGUCCGCCGCGCCGGGCUGGCCUGCUGGAGAGUGAUAUGUAAUGUAUUUUCUAACAUUUUCUAGGCGCAACGGAGUAGACGUAAUAGCAGGCUGCAGUAUAACGUAAAAAUAAUUUCUUGGUAGAAUCUUUAGGUUGGUACCUACUUACAUUUGAAAUAUUUUGUCUAUAGAUACUUUGUAUUCGCGACAUCGCGAAGUAUUCAGAUUUUUACAAUUCGAAUAAAAUACAACUAACUGUCAAAUAUGAUACAAGUCAAAAUAUCUAAUUUAGAUUUUUUGUGAAUAUAGUAUUGAAACGAACGUGCUAGCUGAUCUAAAGCUAUGUGAUCGAGAUACUGAAGGAGAUGCUAUAAUAUUGAAAUAAGAUAUUGAUUAAAUAGAUGGCUAUUAUGGGUACUGCGUUGGGCUGAAAGAAACUUAUUUGGGUCAAAUUACGUCUAUUUCCAUGUCUAUGUGUAGUUAAAUAAAUAUAUAAUUACUUAAAGUGUGUUAGUUAAUAUAUAAUAAAAUGAGUCAGCUAGAAGUAAAGAGGUUUGGUUUUACCUUUACUUGUAUCUUAUUGUAUUUAUUUGUAGCUAUCUAUAAUAUAUAUAAAACUUUUGUUUUCUGUAAUUUUAAUUAAAUAUUGAACGAAACUUCUUUACUUCUAAAAUUACUUAUAUUUCUAUUCUCUCGUAAAUUUUGAUAUUUUCUUCUUUUUAGGCUAUAAAGCCUGAAUUGUCUAAUCUAUUAUUAAAAAUAUAUUCUAUAUGACCUAAUGGUGUGAUUUCGUGAGUAAUUGAAGCUAAGUUUAUUCAAUAAUAACAACCUGUGCUUAAAUUUCAACCCAGCACAUUGAAAUAAACCAAACUGAAAAAAUAAAUAUAGGUAUUCGAAAUUAUGUAAAUUCGUAACUAUUACUGCAUUAAUUUUUGACUUAUGUGAUUGUUAGCUUUUAAUUUUUUGGUUGUAGCUUUACAAAAAUAAUGUCUUCUUGGGAUUAUUAAGACGAGUUGGGUCGAAAUUUUGGCAUGCAAGUUUAAAAUAAUAAGUGCGGUUGAACAAUAAAGUCUACAGAAAAGUCGAAAUUCUGAAGAUUUUUGUACAGAUUGAUAAAUAUUUCAAUAUAAAUACGAGAUAAACACCUAGAGCAAUCUAUACCAAUUUUUUCAGAAUGUUAUGAAUUCAAUCUUGUUUAUUAUUUUUCGCAGAGUAAAUUAAAUUGUAUAAAGUGCGUUACAAAAUUUCAAAUUCUAAGCCAAGCUUAUGAAUAUUUUGAUAUCUUAUCAAAUUACUAAUUCUAGUCAAUAUUUUAUAUUGGUGCCAAGUUUACAAUCCUGUAUGGGACUUUACUGCCUUGUGUCCAAAUUGAAACAUAUACUAAAGUACUGUAGACAUAAUUCACCUAUUUAAUUGAUUUGGCUCUAAAUAAAUCUAGGAAAUUAUGUACAUUGGGAUUACUUAUUCUUAAAAAAAAGAAUGGGAACAAUGGCAGAUUAAUAAAAUUAUAAGGUACAAUAUUAUAAUGUAAACAGAGUUCUACAAACGUAUUGCGUACGGUCUAGUGAAUGUAUUGUGCAUUUUUGUAUCUUCGUGCAUUUUAUGUGAGUAGUGCGUUUUUUUUCGCAAACUAUCGCGCUACAAAAAAAUGCAGUGCGCGCGGGCCCUUGAUAUCCCUACAUCUUGAGGAUUAACCAUUUAAAAAUAAGAUUCUACCCGAAGUUUCUAUAUUGUUCACUAGACCUGCCUGCUUAGUAAUAAUUAAAAUCUAAUUAUAAUUUUAUUUACAUACUUAAAUGCAUUUUUGGAAUUCUUAAAACAUGAUUGUUAGUCUUCUGUAGAAUCUCAUAACUGUUAGUCAAUAAUGUAAUUAUUCAAUAUACCCAAUACUGUCUAAUUCCCUAAAUAUACUUAAAUUCAUAUUUCUAAUGCAUAUAAUAAAAUUAUCUUCUCGGUAUAGCAUAAUCAUUCCAAUGCAGUAUAGAUAAAAAUAUCCGACGAUAUCUAAUAGAGGUAAUCAAAAAUAAUUUACCCACCUACAUUAAUUACCAAUUUAGAAAUUAUAAAAUAUUGUAUCAAUGAAAUUUGGAUCACAUAAUAUAGCUAAGUAACCGCUUUUGAAAUUUUAUCAUGUAAUUUAAUGAAAUUCCUAACAAAAAUAAUUCAUUUUGAACUAUUUUCCAUUAAAUUGUGAUAUUUGA